UGUCCCUGGGCUCAUGGAGCCGGCCGAGCUGGCAGGCGGCCGGGAUCCCCCGGAGCCGGGCGGGCGUCCCGGGCCGGAGCCGCGGGGCUUCGUCCCGCAGAAGGAGAUCGUCUACAACAAGCUGCUGCCCUACGCCGAGCGGCUGGACGCCGAGUCCGACUUGCAGCUGGCCCAGAUCAAAUGCAACCUGGGCCGGGCCGUGCAGCUCCAAGAGCUGUGGCCCGGGGGCCUCUUCUGGACCAGGAAACUCUCCACAUAUAUUCGACUUUAUGGGAGAAAAUUUAGCAAAGAAGAUCAUGUUCUUUUUAUCAAGUUAUUGUAUGAGCUGGUAUCAAUUCCAAAACUGGAAAUCAGCAUGAUGCAGGGAUUUGCCCGUCUCUUGAUCAACUUGUUAAAGAAAAAAGAACUUCUUUCAAGAGAUGAUUUGGAGUUACCUUGGAGACCACUUUAUGACAUGGUGGAAAGAAUAUUAUAUUCCAAGACAGAGCACCUGGGAUUAAAUUGGUUUCCUAAUUCUGUAGAAAAUGUCCUCAAAACACUCGUGAAAAGCUGCCGACCAUAUUUUCCAGCAGAUGCCACAGCUGAGAUGCUAGAAGAAUGGCGGCCUUUAAUGUGCCCUUUUGAUGUAACAAUGCAAAAGGCCAUCACUUAUUUUGAAAUAUUUCUUCCUACCUCCCUUCCUCCAGAACUUCAUCAUAAAGGUUUUAAACUUUGGUUUGAUGAAUUAAUUGGCCUUUGGGUUUCAGUGCAGAAUCUCCCACAGUGGGAGGGGCAAUUAGUAAAUCUCUUUGCUCGAUUGGCUACGGAUAAUAUAGGGUACAUAGAUUGGGAUCCAUAUGUACCAAAGAUAUUUACAAGAAUUCUGAGAAGCUUGAACCUCCCGGUGGGAAGCAGUCAAGUGUUAGUCCCAAGAUUUUUAACAAAUGCUUAUGAUAUAGGACAUGCUGUGAUAUGGAUCACCGCCAUGAUGGGUGGACCAAGUAAGCUAGUGCAAAAACACUUGGCUGGUUUGUUUAACAGCAUCACAUCUUUUUACCAUCCUUCAAAUAAUGGGCGCUGGCUGAACAAGUUAAUGAAACUACUUCAGCGGUUGCCAAACAGUGUUGUUAGAAGAUUGCAUCGUGAAAGAUACAAGAAGCCUUCUUGGUUAACCCCGGUGCCUGAUAGCCAUAAGCUUACUGAUCAAGAUGUUACAGACUUUGUACAAUGCAUUAUUCAACCUGUCCUCUUGGCUAUGUUUAGCAAAACUGGUAGUUUAGAAGCAGCCCAAGCUCUGCAGAAUCUUGCACUCAUGAGACCUGAGUUAGUAAUACCCCCUGUACUUGAAAGAACAUAUCCUGCACUAGAGACUUUAACAGAACCUCACCAGCUCACAGCUACUUUAAGUUGUGUAAUUGGAGUAGCCCGCAGCUUGGUAUCAGGGGGCAAAUGGUUUCCUGAAGGUCCAACACACAUGCUACCUCUGUUGAUGAGAGCAUUGCCUGGGGUGGAUCCAAAUGACUUUAGUAAAUGCAUGAUCACAUUCCAGUUUAUAGCAACAUUUUCCACUCUGGUGCCUUUAGUAGAUUGUUCAUCUGUACUGCAAGAAAGAAAUGACCUCACAGAAGUGGAACGAGAGCUUUGUUCAGCCACAGCUGAAUUUGAAGAUUUUGUCUUACAGUUUAUGGACAGAUGCUUUGGACUUAUAGAAAGUAGCACAUUGGAGCAAACGAGAGAAGAGACAGAAACUGAGAAAAUGACUCACUUGGAGAGUUUGGUCGAAUUAGGUCUGUCUUCUACAUUUAGUACAAUCCUCACUCAGUGUUCCAAAGAAAUAUUUAUGGUGGCCCUUCAGAAGGUUUUUAAUUUUUCUAUUUCACAUAUAUUUGAAACAAGAGUAGCAGGCCGCAUGGUGGCAGACAUGUGCCGUGCUGCUGUAAAGUGCUGCCCAGAGGAGUCUUUGAAGCUCUUUGUUCCCCACUGCUGUGGUGUUAUAACUCAGCUUACAAUGAUGAUUCUCUUGGUUAAAAUUACUCGAGUGGAUGGGAAGAAGUUGCUUCUUUAUAGGGAGCAGCUUGUAAAGAUUCUCCAAAGAACCCUACAUUUAACCUGUAAGCAGGGUUACACUCUGUCUUGUAACCUUUUGCAUCACCUCCUUCGUUCUACCACACUUAUCUACCCUACAGAGUACUGCAGUGUGCCAGGUGGCUUUGACAAGCCUCCUUCUGAAUACUUUCCUAUCAAGGACUGGGGUAAACCAGGGGACUUGUGGAAUCUGGGAAUCCAAUGGCAUGUUCCUUCUUCUGAAGAAGUGGCUUUUGCCUUCUAUCUUUUGGACUCCUUCCUUCGGCCUGAGCUCGUCAAACUCCAGCAAUGUGGGGAUGGAGAACUUGAAAUGUCUAGAGAUGAUGUUCUGCAGAGUCUCACUAUAGUGCACAACUGUUUAAUUGGCUCAGGAAACCUCCUACCUCCACUGAAAGGAGAGCCGGUUACUAACUUGGUACCAAGUAUGGUGUCCUUGGACGAGACAAAGUUGUGUACGGGACUUGAAUAUGAUCUAUCCAGAGAGAACCACCGAGAAGCAAUUGCUAGAGUCAUAAGGAAACUUCUUAACCACAUACUUAAUAAUUCAGAAGAUGAUACCAAGUCCUUGUUUCUUAUCAUAAAGAUUAUUGGAGACCUUUUGCAGUUCCAAGGAUCUCACAAACAUGAAUUUGACUCCCGUUGGAAAAGCUUUAACCUAGUAAAGAAAUCAAUGGAAAAUCGGCUCCAUGGGAAAAAACAACAUAUCAGAGCAUUAUUGAUUGACAGAGUAAUGUUGCAGCAUGAGCUACGAACACUAACUGUUGAGGGUUGUGAAUACAAAAAGAUACAUCAAGAUAUGAUGAGAGAUCUUCUGCGUUUAUCUACAAGUUCGUACAGUCAGGUCAGAAAUAAGGCUCAGCAAACAUUUUUUGCUGCCUUGGGAGCAUAUAACUUCUGUUGCAGAGAUAUCAUUCCCUUGGUUUUGGAGUUCUUACGGCCCAACAGACAAGAUGUCACGCAACAGCAGUUCAAGGGUGCCUUGUAUUGUCUCCUUGGAAAUCACAGUGGUGUAUGCUUGGCAAACCUUCAUGAUUGGGACUGUAUUGUACAAACUUGGCCAGCAAUUGUUUCUUCUGGGCUUAGCAAAGCAAUGUCCCUGGAAAAGCCAUCAAUAGUGAGACUGUUUGAUGAUCUUGCAGAAAAGAUUCAUCGGCAGUUUGAAACAAUUGGCUUGGACUUCACAAUUCCAAAGUCAUGUGUUGGAACAGCAGAAUUACUUCAACAAUCAAAAAACCCCUCUACAAACCAGGUAAUGCUUAGCUCAGAGGAAAUUAAAGAAGGACUUAAACGCCAACAAGAAAAGAAUGCUGAUGCCCUAAGGAACUAUGAAAAUUUGGUAAACAGUUUGUUAGAUGGUGUGGAGCAGAGAAAUCUGCCCUGGAAAUUUGAACAUAUAGGCAUUGGGCUUCUGUCUCUACUCUUGAGAGAUGACCGAGUGUUACCUCUUCGUGCCAUACGUUUUUUUGUUGAGAAUCUCAACCAUGAUGCAAUUGUAGUUCGAAAGAUGGCGAUCUCAGCUGUUGCUGGUAUUCUUAAACAGCUAAAAAGAACCCACAAAAAGCUGACCAUCAACCCCUAUGAAAUCAGUGGAUAUCCUAAACCCACCCAAAUUCUUGCUGGUGAUAGGCCUGAUAAUCAUUGGUUGCAUUAUGAUAGCAAAAGUAUACCAAGAACUAAAAAAGAAUGGGAAUCAAGUUAUUUUGUGGAAAAAACUCACUGGGGAUACUACACCUGGCCACGGAAUAUGGUUGUUUAUGCUGGUGUGGAAGAGCAGCCUAAGCUCGGCAGAAGCAGGGCGGAUCUGACAGAGGCAGAACAGAUUAUAUUUGAUCAUUUUUCUGAUCCUAAAUUUGUGGAACAGUUAAUUACUUUUCUAUCUUUAGAAGACAGAAAAGGAAAAGAUAAAUUUAAUCCUCGACGUUUUUGCCUCUUUAAGGGUAUAUUCAGAAAUUUUGAUGAUGCCUUUCUGCCAGUUCUGAAGCCCCAUUUAGAACGUUUGGUUGCAGAUUCACAUGAAAGCACUCAGCGAUGUGUAGCAGAAAUUAUAGCUGGUUUAAUCAGAGGCUCUAAGCAUUGGACAUUUGAAAAGGUAGAGAAGCUUUGGGAGCUUCUGUGUCCUCUGCUUAGAACCGCAUUGUCCAACAUUACGGUAGAAACUUACAAUGACUGGGGAACUUGUAUAGCAACAUCCUGUGAAAGUAGAGAUCCCCGGAAACUUCAUUGGCUUUUUGAGCUGUUGUUGGAAUCACCAUUGAGUGGUGAAGGAGGAUCCUUUGUAGAUGCAUGUCGACUCUACGUACUACAAGGUGGCCUUGCCCAGCAAGAGUGGAGAGUGCCUGAGCUACUGCACAGACUACUGAAGUACUUGGAACCCAAACUCACCCAGGUUUACAAAAAUGUCAGGGAAAGAAUAGGAAGCGUGCUGACCUACAUAUUCAUGAUAGAUGUUUCUUUGCCAAACACUGCGCCAACGGCGUCCCCUUGUGUCCCUGAGUUUACUGCUCGAAUUCUAGAGAAAUUGAAACCCCUCAUGGAUGUGGAUGAAGAAAUUCAGAACCAUGUUAUGGAAGAAAAUGGAAUUGGUGAAGAAGAUGAACGAACUCAAGGCAUUAAACUCUUAAAAACUAUAUUGAAAUGGCUUAUGGCGAGUGCGGGAAGAUCCUUCUCUACAGCAGUCAAAGAACAACUUCAGCUUCUACCUUUGUUUUUUAAGAUUGCCCCAGUGGAAAAUGACAAUAGCUACGAUGAACUGAAAAGAGAUGCAAAGUUAUGUUUAUCGCUAAUGUCUCAGGGGUUGCUUUACCCUCAUCAAGUGCCUUUGGUACUUCAGGUGCUAAAACAAACAGCAAGAAGCAGUUCUUGGCAUGCUAGAUACACAGUAUUGACCUACCUCCAGACCAUGGUAUUUUAUAACCUCUUUGUUUUCCUAAACAACGAAGAUGCAGUUAAAGACAUCAGGUGGCUGGUUAUAAGUCUUUUGGAGGAUGAACAGCUAGAGGUUCGAGAAAUGGCUGCUACCACCUUAAGUGGGUUGCUGCAGUGUAACUUCCUUACCAUGGACAGUCCUAUGCAGAUUCAUUUUGAGCAACUUUGCAAAACAAAACUACCGAAGAAAAGAAAGCGAGACCCUGGUUCCUUAGGAGAUACGAUUCCUUCUGCAGAGUUGGUCAAACGCCAUGCUGGGGUGCUAGGACUUGGUGCAUGUGUUCUUUCUAGUCCUUAUGAUGUUCCCACCUGGAUGCCCCAGCUCCUUAUGAAUCUCAGUGCACAUCUGAACGAUCCUCAGCCUAUAGAGAUGACCGUAAAAAAGACCUUAUCCAAUUUCCGAAGGACACACCAUGACAACUGGCAAGAACACAAACAGCAAUUCACUGAUGACCAGCUGCUUGUUCUCACCGAUCUCCUUGUGUCACCAUGCUAUUAUGCAUAGAAAGAUGAGUAGUCCUCACUUCAAGCUCUUUUCAUCAAAAAUUCCAGAUCCUCAGGUACCAUCUGUGGUGGCUCUCUGCAGGUUUUCAAACUCUGCCUCUGUUGAGCUCUCAUCAUUUUGGUGGUUUCUGUGUUUGGUCUCAUUAGUCUGCGUUCCACAGGUUCUCAGCUGCCGUUCGAUUUCCUAACUUGUCCAGAGUGUUUCCAGAAUAUUGAUCACUUUUUCUUUGAGGCAUCUGACAAAGCCACAAUGGCUCAGACUAGAAAUAAUUAACCCAAUAUGAUCAUGGCAUCCAAGACUGGACAGAGUCUGGGAACUCGUUAAGAAACAGUUUACUUGGAAUGGAGAAUACCCAUCUGUGAUACAGGUCCUGUCAUUUCUUUCAUCUCAAAUUAUUUUGAAUUCUUUCCAAAUGGCUGUUGGGUUUCGAUGAUAGUAGGGCUGUGGGCCAUAUAUCUGAAGCCUUGAGAGCCUUGGGUCUGGAGAGCCAUGAAGAGGGAAGGAAAAGAGGGCAAGUCUUGAACCUAACCAAGGACCUGAUGGAUUGCUCGACCAAGACACAGAAGUGAAUCUGUGUCCCUGUGCUUCCCACAGACUGGAGUUUUUGGUGCUGAAUAGAAGAGCAGUUGCUGAAAAACUAGGGAUUUGGUGAAUAAAUUUUUGAUUGAUUGUUGUGUGUGUUUUACAAUGUGUGAUUUUAAAAUAAACAGCAACAACAAUAAAAACCCUGACUGGUUGAUUUUUACCUGAAUUCUUUACAAAUACUGUUUGACCCUCUUUAAAAACUGUCACACUUCACCUAAUGAAAGACUGCUGUGUUUGUGAAAAAUCUGUAAUUUUUUUUUCUUUUUGUUUUCUUCUCUUUUUUUGCCUGCAGAAUCGUUGAGAGACUAAUAAGUCUUGAUAUUUAAUUGACUUGUUUAAUAAAUGUUAUAUAGAUGUAAAAGACUGUAUAAACUAUAGAGAUAGCAUUGGCAAGACUUUGUACAGAUGCAACCUUUUACACACCAUUGUGUAAUUAACUUGUAAAGAUUCACACGUAGCUCUUUAUUAUAGUGAUUUUUGGCUUUUGUACCAAUUGAAUGCCAUUUUUUGUUUUUAAAUUAUUUUCUUUUAUCUUUUCAUGUUACAGAAGCUGAGGUGUGGGGUUUGAGUUCGAGUUCAUUUAUCGUUAGACUGUCUGAAUUUUUAUGUAACUUUUGUGUGAGCAUCUCUAAAUGCGAACACCACAUGUUUGCCUAUGACAAGUUUAUAGAAUGCAAGGUAUCUUCUAGAUUAAAGUAAUUCACAAGUUGGUGAAUGUCAUCUUGCAGCACACCCUGUACAGUCUUCCUUAAAGGAACACUACAGUAUAUUUUUUAGUAUCUACUUGCUGAAUGACUCAGUGCAGACCUAAGCACAGCAGAGGUCCUGGUACAGUACUUAAGUGUCAGCAUACACAGGCGUAAUCUCUGUAUAGAGUAGUGCCAAACUCAUUAUUUGAAUUGUGUAACUAGUUUAAAACCCAAUAAAUGAAUUGUUUUUAA